AUGGCAUGUUAGAUGAGGAAACCUAAUCAGAGAAAGGCUUUGCAGGCUUGAUCAAACUAUGGAUAACAGCAGUCUGAUAUGGCCUGGAGAUGCAAACUCAUCUCUUCAGAUUGAUCUUCAGUCCUGUGCUACAUUCAGGAACCAGGUCUCUCGCAUUUUCCUGUACGCCUUCCUUUCAGUUGGCAUCUUCUGCACAGUGGUGGGCAACUUUCUGGUUGUCUUAUCUAUUGGCUACUUCAAGCAGCUGCAGUCUCCAACAAACUCUUUUGUCAUGUCCCUCGCGGUGGCUGACUGCCUCGUUGGCCUGGUGGUGAUGCCUUAUAGUAUGAUUCGGACUGUGGAAGGGUGUUGGUACUUUGGUUCUCUUUUUUGUAAGCUUCACUCCAGCCUUGAUGUCAUGCUCUGCACUGCUUCCAUAUUCCAUCUCAGCUGCAUAGCCUUUGACCGUUAUUAUGCUGUCUGUAACCCCCUUGUUUACUCGCUAAAGAUGUCCCACAGCCGGGUAGCUCUGCUCAUUGCCACUUGCUGGGCUGUUCCUAUGCUUAUCUCCUUUGGCCCCAUAAUGCUCGACCUUCACAUUGCUGGUGUGGACAUGCUUCUUCCGAAAGAUGUAUGUGUAUUCUUGGUCAGCCAAAUUUAUGCUGUCAUGGCUUCUUUGGUAGCUUUUUACUUGCCCAUGGCUAUAAUGCUAGUGGCCUACUGGAAGAUCUUUAAAGCUGCCGAACGACAGGCAAGGCAGAUCAGUGCUAUGGAAAGCCAGAUGGCUGCUGGAGUGGGCAAAGACUCAAGCAAGAAAAAACGACAUCGUAAUACAAUGAAGAGAGAAAGAAAGGCAGCAAAAACUUUAGGCAUCAUAAUGGGAGCUUUUCUUAUCUUCUGGAUGCCUUUCUUUACAGUCAACAUUGUGGAUCCAUUCAUUGAAUACAGCACAGAGGUGGUUGUCUGGGACAUAUUUCUCUGGCUAGGAUAUGUCAACUCAUCUCUGAAUCCCUUCCUAUAUGGUUUUUUCAACCGUUCCUUUCGUAGGGCAUUCCUCAUGUUCAUGGGAUGCAGGGUGUGCCUUCCUGGAUCAUCCCCAGGGAUGGAGUUAUCACACACAAGGAAAGAGGCAAAUGAAAGUACAGAUCAACCAUGAAAUGAAGAUAAUAUCUAUCAAUUUUGUGUGGCUAUAAAAAAAUCGAG